GAGAGCGAGAGAGCGAGAGAGAGAGAGAGAGAGAGCAUCCUGCUCUGGGCACCUCAUUACUAAUUUGACUGUCUGUUCUCGUGCGCUCCUGUACCUGCUCUCCAUACGCUACAAUCUCUCCUGAAUUGUUUUAGGAAUGGCUUUGCAUCCCUACUACGCUUUUGGUGACUUUAACGCCUCGGUCUUCAUAACUCCUUUCAAUGUAACGGUUACCGAGGAUCCGCUGCGCGUGCACUCAACCAACAAUGAGACCAGCCAGGCUACAGCCAGGAACACUACAAGUCUCAUCAUCGCUGUCUGUAUCACAGCUCUCUACUCUCUCAUCUGUGUGGUUGGACUGCUUGGAAACGUGCUUGUUAUGUAUGGGGUGGUCAGGUACACCAAGAUGAAGACCGCCACCAACAUCUACAUCUUCAACCUGGCUCUCGCUGACGCUCUCGCCACCAGCACCCUCCCCUUCCAGAGCGCCAAGUACCUGAUGAGCACAUGGCCCUUUGGGGAGGUGUUGUGUAAAGUGGUCAUUGCCAUCGACUACUACAACAUGUUCACCAGCAUCUUCACGCUCACCAUGAUGAGCGUGGACCGCUACAUCGCCGUUUGUCAUCCGGUGAAGGCCCUGGACUUUCGCACGCCUACCAAAGCCAAGCUCAUCAACAUCUGCAUCUGGAUCCUCUCCUCAGCCUUCGGAGUCCCUGUGAUGAUCAUGGCUGUUACCAAGGUGACAGACAAAGGAAACACUGCCUGCGAACUCAGAUUCCCCAAACCUGAGAAGUACUGGGACACAGUAAUGAAAAUCUGUGUGUUUGUCUUCGCCUUCGUGGUCCCCAUCCUGGUCAUCACCGUCUGCUACGGUCUGAUGAUCCUGCGGCUCAAGAGUGUCCGUCUGCUCUCCGGCUCCAAAGAGAAGGAUAGGAACCUGCGACGGAUCACCCGCAUGGUCCUGGUGAUUGUGGCGGCCUUCAUCAUCUGUUGGACUCCCAUCCACAUCUUCAUCAUUGUUAAAACCAUGGUGGAUAUAGACCGCACGAACCUCCUGGUGGUGGCCAGCUGGCAUCUGUGCAUCGCGCUGGGAUACACCAACAGCAGUCUCAAUCCUGUGCUGUACGCCUUCUUGGAUGAGAACUUCAAAAGGUGCUUUAGGGAUUUCUGCCUGCCCUAUCGCUCCCGCCUGGAGCAGAACAGCUUCUCCAGAGCACGCAAUGGCACAAAGGAGCCCAUGUCUGUUUGUGCUCCUGCGACAAAACAUAGACCAUCGGACUGACUAGGCAUGGAUCAGUUGGGAGAAAGAACAGAUCAGGGGGACCUCCAGACCGAGGUCACACAGAUCUCCACCACAGGAGUCUGAGUCUACAGAUGUCUGCUUUUGACCUGCCAGUUAUGUAAAUUUUUGAUUGUGUUUUUGGUCUCAUAUAAUGAAACUAGUGAGACACAAUUCUUUGACAAACAUGCCUGAGUGUGCCUGUGCAUAAGGAAAUGGAAUGCAGAUGUUCAUCCUUGGAGUGUACAAAGCACAUGCAUGAUGCGAACACAUAUACAGUGCGGUCACAAAGUAUUGGGAUAGUGAUAUGUCUUUUAUUGUGUUGGCGCUGCACAA